CUCCCUCAGGAAGUAAAGUCCACUGGCUGGAGUGCCUAAACCACUCUGCACUGCUGCUGACUACAAUGCCUGCUUGUUUUCACCAAGCAGCGGAAUGAAAUUCCUUAGGGAAAAAAGUAACGUUUUAGGAAAAGUAACUAUUUUUCCUCCAGAUUUCCUUGUCUAUAGAGGAUUCAUUUGCUGAACACAUCCUUAAAGCGAUCUUCCAUACAUAACAUAAAGGAAGCAUCAUGAUGAAGAGGGAAGAAAAGGCCCCCCCUUACACUAAAACCCUGGAUGGAGGAUGGGGAUGGAUGAUCGUGUUGCAUUUCUUUCUGGUAAAUGUGUUUGUGAUGGGGAUGACCAAGACAUUUGCAAUUUUCUUUGUGGUCUUUCAAGAAGAGUUUGAAGGCACUUCAGAGCAAAUUGGUUGGAUUGGAUCCAUCAUGUCAUCACUCCGUUUUUGUGCAGGUCCCCUGGCUGCUAUUAUUUGUGACAUACUUGGAGAAAAAACUACGUCCAUUCUCGGGACUUUCCUUGUUUCUGGUGGCUAUCUAGUCAGCAAUUGGGCCACAGGCAUUCCCUUUCUUUGUGUGACUAUGGGACUGUUACCAGGAUUGGGGUCUGCUUUCUUGUACCAAGUAGCUGCUGUGGUAAUUACCAAAUAUUUCAAAAAACGAUUGGGUCUUUCAACAGCGAUUGCCCGUUCUGGAAUGGGACUGACAUUUCUAUUGGCACCCUUUACAAAAUUCCUGAUAGAUCUUUAUGACUGGACAGGUGCUCUUAUAUUAUUUGGAGCUAUUGCAUUGAAUUUGGUGCCUUCCAGUAUGCUCUUAAGACCCAUCCACAUCCAAACAGAGAACAAUUCUGAUAUUAAAAGUAAAGGAAGCAGUUUGUCUGCAACUAGACCAGAGGUAUCAGACAGGACAGAAACAUCACACUGCAAUGAGACACAAGAGUCUUCUAUCAAAGGCAUUUCUAUGAAGAAAUCUGGACCAUCUACUAAAAAUUUAACUGUCUUAGAAAAUCAAAGUGAAGAGUUCAGCAAUGGGCCUCACAAGAACAGACUGUUACUUAUGAGCAAUGACAAAAGUUACCAGAAAAAGUUUGUUUCAUGGAACUGUAAACAAAAUCUUUUAGAUAUUUCUCUCUUUAGAAAUCCUUUCUUCUAUAUAUUUACCUGGUCUUUUCUCCUCAGUCAAUUAGCAUAUUUCAUUCCUACUUUUCACCUAGUAGCCAGAGCCAAAACACUUGGAAUUGACGUAAUGGAUGCCUCCUACCUUGUGUCUGUAGCUGGUAUCACUGAGACAGUCAGUCAGCUCAUUUCUGGAUGGAUUGCUGAUCAGAACUGGAUCAAGAAGUAUCAAUACCACAAGCUUUACCUCAUUCUGUGUGGUGUAACUAACCUGCUUGCUCCUUUGGCCACCACAUUCCCACUCCUUAUGGCCUACACAAUCUUUUUUGCCAUUUUUGCUGGUGGCUACCUGGCACUAAUACUCCCAGUACUGGUUGAUCUAUCUAAGAAUUCUAGAGUACACAAGUUUUUGGGAUAUGCCAGUUUCUUUGCUGGAAUGGCUGUCCUUUCUGGACCACCAAUAGCAGGCUGGAUAUAUGACUAUACACAGACAUACACAGGCUCUUUCUACUUCUCUGGCACCUGCUAUCUCCUCUCUUCAGUCUCCCUGUUCUUUGUACCACUGGCUGAAAGAUGGAAAAGCAAACAGUCUGACCAUCAAAGGACUACAAUCAAGUAAGAGCUUAACAAAAGAAAAUCUAAACAAGCCACUGGAAACAAAAGCUUAGAAGAAAAGGCUUCGUAAAAAUGAGAAAGUAAGAGACAUAAUUAAGAUUCCUUCUUGCUUUAUUAGCACUGCCAAGAUGUCCAAUUGGUGGGAAGAGUAAUAGCAACUUAAAUUGUUGGUACUUAAUCAAACAAGCUAAAAAUUGAAUCAGUUGAAGCAGCUACCUUACCUAUUGAAUGAAAAUCACAAUGUACUAUCAUAAAUAAAUUCAAACUUUCAUUUCUGCUAUGGUAAUGUGACAACUGUAAACUAUUUUUUAUUUAAAUAUAGUAAUUGGUUGACUAGAGCUCUAGAAUCUGAAUAAAGCCUUACUUAGUGACAAGAACGGUAUAUCCCCUCCAAAACAAGUUUAUUGUUGUUUAUGGACUAUAAGUAAUCUUCAAUUAUUUUGUCUCUUAAAUUUCUAGUGAACUGCUAACAAAAAUAAAACUUGAUAAAAAUCUUUAUUUGAUGAUCAUUUGAAUGGUAUUACUGUCCACUUAAACAGUAUUUUUUUCACUACAUUUAAUUAUUUAAAAUAUUUUUAUUAAGCAUCUAGAUGACUCUUCAGAGUUCCAUAUGGAAGUUAAAGAGGUGGUCUUAGAAGGAAAUAUGUUUAAAUC